AAGAAACCGCCCAUCACACACCCCAGCACACCAGCUCAGGAAACUUAUAACCUCGGAAGGCCAGCCCUCCCCUCACUGCGGUCACAAACCUCCAGAAGAGCGGACGCCUGCCACCAGCUCCUGUCACUCUGGGCAUCUCGGUCGCUGGACCCUCAGAGCUCUCUUCACUCCCAAGCCACCAAAAAGCCAAGAUGUUGGUGUUACUGGCCAGUAUCUUUGUGGUCCACAUUGCCACCGUCAUCAUGUUAUUUGUUUCCACCAUUACCAAUGCCUGGAUGGUUUCAGAUGUUGGAACAGGAUCAGUAGGUCUUUGGAAAAACUGUACUGCCAUUGCUGACUGCAGUGACAGCCUGUCAUACAGCGGUGAAGAUGCCCUCAAGGCAGUGCAGGCCUUCAUGAUUCUGUCCAUCAUCUUCUCCGUCAUCUCCCUCGUGAUCUUCGUGUUCCAGCUGUUCACCAUGGAGAAAGGCAACCGCUUCUUCCUCUCGGGGGCCACCAUGCUGGUGUGCUGGCUGUGCAUCUUGGUGGGGGCCUCUAUCUACACUCAUCACUAUGCGAACAGCUCUAUAAACCAGUACCCGGGGAGUCACCACGGCUAUUCCUUCAUCCUGACCUGGAUCUGCUUCUGCUUCAGCUUCAUCAUCGGCAUUCUCUAUCUGGUCCUGAGAAAGAAAUAAGGCUGAUCACGUUAUUGGGGAAUCUGGGGGGUGGGGGUGGGGAGGAGGGAGUCCUUGAAUCUGGGAGAGGAAUGGAAGUUGCUAAGCAGGGAAAACCAAGAGAGGGAACUGGGGGGAGGGGAAGGCAGGGGGGAGGGGCUGAAACCCAAACAUAACUGAGGGGGUCCUGUACUGUCCAGCCCCUGCCCCGGGAGAAAGCCGUGGGCUGGGACGGAUGCUCCCUGGAUGCAGGCCAGAGGGCCUCCCUCCAGCCUCCAGCUGUUAUCAGUUACAUACACUGCCUGGGGCCCCAGCAGCUGCCACAUUGCUGGCUCUACUUCCGAGGGUGAAUUCCGUCUUCAGACCUCCUGCACCUAGUUAAUAUAGCGGUACAAGUCCCGGCAAGGGCAGAUACUGUUCUUGUGCGGAAUACGCCAGGCUUGGAAGCCAUCCUGCCCUUCUGACCCAAAGCAAAACAGCACCAUCUGAAGGGCCCUGUGGGAGGACUUUGGCCAGUGAGCCAUUAUCCCUCGUUGGAACAGAGAUUUAGCUCUGUGGUAUUUGUGACAAAAUGGGAGGAAGAGAGAUAGUGAUUAAGGCUAAGUUGGUGUGUUAGCUAAACUGAGAAAGAGAACUUUUCACAGUGGAAGGCCUGGGGCGUGGUCAGAACCCAGACUAGACCUCACACCGCUGUCCCUCGUGGAGACCUCUUGCUACAGACUUUGCUUGGCCUCUCCUUUAAAGCCAAGGCAGCUCUCUGGAGUUUCUGUAAAGCCACUAACGACCAAUUCAGUGGUGGAAGCACCACACAAAUUAUGGGAAAAAGGGACAGUGUUAUAGCAGGGUUAUGUUAGAGUUAUGUUAUUAGGAACCGCUCUCCAUGCAAUCAAUGUUUGUUUUAAGUAUGUAAUGUGAGAGAGAUGGACAAAGACCUGUGCAACACAAUCUGUUACUCUCCCUCUAAAUUAUACACUUUUGAGGAUGUUUUAUCUAAUUAGCCGCAUUGGGGAUCAGGGCUCCUAGGCUCACAGACAGCUCUAGCUUUGACAUGAGCUGGAGGGGUUGCCUUUCAGAGGUCCUGCCUAUCCCACAACACAGGUGAGGCAAGGCAAUUCUGGAAGCUUCUUAAAAUACACACAAACCAAAACCAAACAACAAAUCCUUGGAUGAAAGGUGCUAUAUCAUUGUCAAGUAUUAAGCAUACUAGAUUUCAGUCACAAUAAGAACAGAGUGUCUGUGCUUCCAGGAAAAUAAGAAAAUUUCCGUGAGAGAAAUAAAAGUAUAGGUGAUGGGCAGAUAUUUUCUUUGAGGAAAAAAAAAACCCCUAAAAACUCUUGUGGUUCCCAGUCAGAUGGUAAUUGAGCUCAUCUGCUGCCCCAAGAGUGUUUCUAUAUAGGACUUAGAAGUAUGGUAUUAGUAUGGUAUUCCUGGUUAAGCAGGCAUUGCUCUGGCCUGGCGCAGCUAUUUUAAGCCAUCUCAGAUUCUGGCUAAAGGGUAUUUUUUUGGUGGAAGACAUUUCCUUUACCAAUCUGAGAAUAUCUACCCUAGGGAGAAUCUGAGACAUCUUGCCUACUUUUCAUCUUCUAGCUCCCUCUUCAUCCCGUUUCUUAUAUAUGUUUCCUUUCGGGGAGCUAUUAUGCCACAGUUGCUGGUAUUUAUGUAAAAGGACUAUUACUAAGUAUAUUUCUCUAUGUUCAUUCUGGUUAGGGGAAUGUUGAGAGCUGGCCACCAAAUAAUCUGGGCUGUGGGGUAAAUUGGUUGGCAAGCAAAAACUGGGGGAUGAUGAACUUUUAAAUUAUGAUUUAAUGGUCACAUGAUUUUAGGAGGGUGUCUUGAGCGCAGAAGCAGAUUUACAUAUCAGAUACAGCCAAAAGAGAUGCUAGCAUUGUGUUAAAAAGUCAAACUGUGACUGGAGUGAACCAUGUAUUCCCUUGUCUUUUACUUUGUUUCUGUGCCAUUUAUGUCUCAUGUAAUUUGCAUUACGUUGGUGGGUUGUUCUAGUACUGUAUUUGGCUUCUUCUUUAAUAGAUUGGUAUUUCAUAUACUAUAAUUGUAAAUAUUUUGAUACAAAUGUUUAUAACACUAGGCAUAUAAAAACAGAUUCUGAUUCCCUU